AUGGCCCCCAGCUUUGCCUAUGAUCUCCCGUCAGGGGAUCGUAACUCUGCUCCGCCUGUCCCUGGGCAGCAACCGUUUGACGGGCAGGUCUUAGAGCCCAUUGCCAUUAUCGGCCUGUCCCUGAGGUUUCCCCAGGAUGCCACUUCCCCAGCCGCGUUCUGGAAUAUGCUUGUGGAAAAGCGAUGUGCGAUGCAGCAAGUUCCAGCGGAUCGCUACAACAUUGAUGCCUUUCAUGGAAGCGAUACGAGCCGAACCAACCAGGUACGCCCGCGUGGAGGACACUUUAUCAAGGAGGACCUCUCUCUCUUCGAUGCGCCGUUCUUCUCCAUCACUUCCACCGAAGCCGCAUCAAUGGAUGUCCAACAGCGCCAGUUGCUGGAAUGUGUCUACCGAGCCCUCGAGAAUGCUGGUCUUCCACUGGAGCAGGUGGACGGAUCCAACACCUCGGUGUACACCGGGUCGUUCGCCGACGACUAUCGGCUCAUGACCAUGCGAGACCAUGACUCGCUGCCCAGAUACGCGGCGACGGGGUCGUCGAUUAGUAUACUUGCAAACCGCAUCAGUUGGUUCUACAACCUGCGCGGACCCAGUUUGCAGGUCGACACGGCAUGCUCGAGCAGCUUGGUGGCUCUGGACCUGGCUUGCCAGGGAUUGACCAUGGGAGAGUCAGAUACUGCGAUCGUCGCGGGCUCCAACACGUUACUCGGGAUGGAUACCUCCCUCAUCCUCUCGAACAUGAACUUUCUUUCCCCCGACAGCCGCUGCUACAGCUUCGACCACCGAGCAAACGGCUACGCGCGCGGCGAAGGGUUUGGGGUCCUCGUGCUCAAGCGCCUGUCCGAUGCAUUACGAGACGGCGACGCAAUCCGCGCCGUGAUCCGCUCCACGGGCUCCAACUCGGAUGGCCGCACCCCAGGAAUCGCCCAGCCCAGCGGCGAAGCACAAGAACGGCUCAUCCGCGAGACCUACGCAAAGGCGAAUCUCGAUCCUGGGGUCACGCGGUUCUUUGAAGCACACGGCACGGGCACGGCCGUGGGCGAUCCCAUCGAGGCAGGUGCGAUUGGGGCCGUCUUUGGGCAGCAUCGCAGCCCCGAGGAGCCGCUGUAUGUUGGUGCGGUCAAAUCCAAUGUCGGGCAUCUGGAAGGGGCCAGUGGUGUUGCGGGUGUGAUCAAGGCGGUCCUUGCACUAGAGAAGGGGAUUAUCCCGCCCAACACGAAUUUCGAGAAGCUGAAUCCGCGCAUUGAUGCGCCGAUGCUGGGUCUCGCCUUCCCAAGCGAAGCGAUACCGUGGCCUUCGACUGGGCUGCGUCGGGCCUCGGUCAAUUCGUUUGGGUUUGGUGGUUCGAACGCGCACGUUGUCUUGGAUGAUGCGUACAACUUCCUGAAAUCGCAGGGGCUGCUGGGGUUCCAUAGCACUGCCCCAGUACCACCCGGAGCAGGUGAGCUAAGCACGGCGGGGGCUGCGGUGCAAAGCCCGAAUGGCUCGGAGAGCACCAUGGCAUCGCACCCUGCCCUACUUGUCUGGUCUGCAGCCGACGUUGGGGGCCUGAAGCGCUUAGCCGAUAUUUACAACUCGCACUUCAAGAGUCGCCAGGCAACGGACCCCCGCUACCUCUCCGACCUCGCUCACACCCUUUCCCAGAGACGCAGUAUCCUCCCAUGGAGGAGCUACGCAAUUGCACCCUCGGCAGCGAGUCUUCACGCAGAUGGAGUCACCCUUGCAAGCCCUCUCCGCUCGUCCCGGAAUCUGGGCCUCUGCUUCGUCUUCACGGGUCAGGGCGCCCAGUUUGCCGGCAUGGGCCGCGAGCUCCUCGCGUACCCGACUUUCAAGAACACGCUCAUGCGCGCCCAACUGUAUCUGUACGAGCUGGGCUGUGCCUGGUCGCUCAUGGAGGAGCUGUUGAGGGACAGGGCCUCGUCACGGGUAAACCAGCCGGAUAUCAGCCAGCCGCUGUGCACGGCGCUGCAGAUUGCGCUUAUCGAACUGCUUCGCUCGUUUGGGAUUGUGCCCAAGGCAGUUGUUGGUCACUCGUCUGGUGAGAUUGCGGCUGCGUAUUGCAUGGGCGCGCUGUCUCUGCGGUCUGCGUGCAAGGUUGCCUUUCUGCGUGGGAAGCUCGCGGGCAGACUGGCGGCGACAGGGGAACAAAAGGGCGCGAUGCUUGCGGUGGGCGCCUCCGAGGUGCAGGCAGCGGGGUAUAUCGAGAGGAUCAUUGCGGAGUGCGGGUCUUGUGGGAUUGUCGUCGCGUGCGUCAACAGCUCCUCGAGUGUCACGAUCUCCGGCGAAGUGGAGCAGAUCGAGUUAAUGCAGCGUCUUGUCGAAGGGGAUGGACUCUUUGCUCGCAGGCUGCAAGUCGAUGUGGCGUAUCACUCGCCGCAUAUGCAGUGCCUUGCCGACGAGUACGCCCGCCAGAUGGGCCAGCUAGAGCUCGGUCGUCCUCUUCCUGGUUGCGCGACGAUGAUUUCCUCCGUUACCACUCUGCCUGUCAGUGGCAUCCAGGAGCUCUGUGACCCGAACUACUGGGUGAAAAACCUUGUGAGUCCCGUUCGCUUCUCCCAGGCGCUAGGCCGCUUGGUCUCGCCUGGGACUGGAGCAGUGAAGAAGCUCGGAGGGUUACGCAAAACAGCCGCGGCUGGCAGCCAGAGUUAUCAGAUAUACGACUUGCUGGAACUCGGCCCCCACAGCGCGCUGGCGGGGCCUAUAAAGCAGAUUCUCACAGCCCCAGGUUCUACAACCAACGACGUCAAAUACACAUCAUGUCUAACGCGCAAUGUCUCUGCGCUUGAGACAACCAUGGCUGCCGCCGGUAGGCUCUGGUGCGCCGGAUAUCCCGUCAACCUGACGGCAGUGAACCACUUCGAGUCCGGCAAGGUGCACCGGCGAAUGCCACUGACGGACCUGCCCGAGUACCCCUUUGACCACUCGCAGUCGUAUUGGCACGAGAGCCGAGUGAGCAGAGACUACCGCCUGCGCCGCCAUCCCCCUCUCGACCUGCUAGGCACUCGGCGCGGCGAUGGGAACCCGCUCGAGGCACGGUGGACAAAGUUCAUUCGGCAAUCGGAGACGCCCUGGGUCUCAGACCAUGUCGUCAAUGGAGCUACGAUCUAUCCCGCUGCGGGUAUGUUAGUUAUGGCGAUUGAAGGUGCUCAGCAGCUCGUGCAGGAGUCGGCGAAUCCUCGGCCCAUUGCAGGGUAUCGGUUUACAGAGGCGACGUUCCAGCGGGCUUUGAGCAUCGACACCGCGGGUGAGCAAGGGACAGAGUGCCAGAUCUGCAUUCGCCCGGACCAGGAUACCAUGGGCAAAGGUGGCAGCAGUCGGUUUGAGUUUCGCAUCUACGCCCUGGAUAACGGAAGAUGGGGAGAAAACUGCCGGGGCCUGCUCCAGGUGGAAUAUGAGGCUGCCGAGCGCAACCCAGUGGACGGAGGACUCGAGGCAACAAAGUCAGCCAGGGCGUUGACGGAGGAGUGGAAUCAGCUUGCCGGGUCAUGCGGCAAAACCGUGGAUGUCUCGGUGGUAUACGAGCAUUUCCGCGACAUUGGCCUUGAUUUCGGUCCCACCUUUCAAACGUUGUCCAAGGUGAACUUCAGCGCCGAGGGCCACGUCGUCGCAGAGGUCAAUACCUUCCCCUGGCUCGCGGAUGGUCAGCACAACCCGCGACAGGACCACCUGAUCCACCCGACAACUCUGGAUGCGUUCAUCCAGGUGGUGCUUGUUGGCCUUACACGGGGUGCAGCCAAGCUGAUUCCCACGACGGUCCCGACGCGUAUUACAAACCUGUGGCUCGCGCCAUUGGGUCUCUCGCACCCCGGGACCACGACCCUGCGUGCGACCUCGCGUCAACUCUCCCAAGGCGCUCGUCAAACCGAGUCCUCCUUUAUGGUUGUUGACGAGAACGGGACCCUCCGAGCAUCCGUCGGUAUCCUUGAGACCACAAAUGUCGACCGUAGGGAGGCCGCCGACGCUGAUGAUGACGGUGAUCAGCUCACUCGAAGACUCUGCUACCACAUGGACUGGAAGCCCGACAUGGACUUCCUUUCCCCUGCCGAGGGGGUAGCCUAUUUCGGGACCGGCAAAGCCGUUGAUCCCGAGACGGCGGACUUUUAUGACACACUGGCUUGUUUUCAGCUAGCCUCCAUAUACAAUGCCUUGCAGCAACUCGAUCAAGCGCGCGUCGAUCCCAGCAGAGCCCAGUACAUCCAGUGGAUGAAGCUGCAGUUGGACCGAUUUGACAAUGGUCCAGCAACACCUGCUCGAUCCAAGUGGCGUACCAAACUCGGCGACGCCGAGUACUCCCAGACCCUAGCUGAGCGACUCGAAGCAUCCAGCAGCGAAGGACGCUUCUACGUCCAGGUUGCGCGCAACUUGCUGUCUAUCCUGCAUGGCGAGGUCGAUCCACUUCAGGUGCUGUUCUCGAGCGACCUCGUCAAGGAGUACUACCUAGAGAUCAACGACCGCCUCGCCGACGCGUUCUUCAAGGUUCUAGAUCUCAUGGCCCACAGAAAUCCCUCGCUCAGGGUCCUGGAAGUCGGUGCCGGGACCGGCGGCACAACGGCCCACGUCAUCAAGCCCUUGUUCGCAGGUGCCAAUAGGCCGCAUCGCUGCGAGAUCUACGAGUACACCGAUACAUCCGCCUCGUUCUUCGAGCAGGCGAGAACCGACUUCUCCGCGUGUGCCUCGCGCAUGCGCUUCUCCACGCUAGACAUCGAGCAGGACCCUCUCGCGCAAGGCUUCAGUCGCGCCACAUACGACGUCGUCUUCGCGGCAAACGUCCUGCACGCGACGCCGGAUUUGGACAUCACACUGCGCAACGUGCACGCGCUGCUCAAGCCCGGCGGGAAGCUUGUGCUCCUGGAACAGACGGGCGACUUUGCGCGGGGAGGGUUCGCCUUCGGGCUCCUGCCGGGCUGGUGGCUCAGUCGCGAUGGAUACCGGUCUUGGGGGCCCACUAUGCCGCCGGGGAAGUGGGGAGAUGUCCUACGGAGAAAUGGCUUCACCGGGACGGACUUUGUCAUUAAUGACUAUCAGGGCGAGGUCUAUCAGGAACUCAGUGUCAUUGUCUCGACCGCAAAGGAGAUCGUGCACAGGCCCGCUGAGCCUGCGUUGGAGGCGCCCAGGCCUGCAAUCUCGCUGCUUACCAUGCGAGGCUCUGUCGUCCAGCAGGAAGUGGCUGGCCGUAUCAAGGAGAAACUGUCCGCUCUCGGCCUUGAAUGCGAUGUUCGCCAUCUCCGUGGCGACGAAAGUUUAGCGGACAGUGUCGUCAUCUCCAUGGUGGAGCUCGACCAGCCUCUUCUACACAGUAUGGACGAGGCUACCUUUGUCGAGAUCAAAUCAGUCCUUCUUGGUGCCAAAGGACUCGUAUGGGUCACUGGUGGCGGGGGUAGUAGAUGGGAAGCAGCAGAGUAUCAUAUUGCGGAUGGGCUACUGCGGACUCUGCGAACAGAAAACGCAAUGCUCAAGGCUGUAACCCUGGCGGUUGAUUCCUGUGAGCUUGAGACAACGCGGAUAAUUGAAUGGAUAAACGAGAUACUUGGAAAACUCUUUACAUGCGAACCCGGCGAGCUGGAGAUCGAGUACAGGCAACAAGGGGACGCCCUGUACAUCAACCGCGUCGUGCAAGCCAACAGAAUCAACGAGCAUAUUUCCUCCAGCAUCAGACCUCAACAGUCACUCGUCCAGCCAUUUGGAGCACCCAACAUCCCGCCCCUCGCCCUGCACGUCAAGACCCCCGGCCAGCUGGACUCCCUACGCUUCGUGGAGGACGGGGGGCCAAGUCUGCCCCUGAAGCCCAACGAGGUGGAAAUCAAAGUCGAGGCAGUAGGCGUCAACUUCAUGGACCUGCUAACAGCGCUCGGACGAAUCAAUCAGACCGAUAUUGGCGGCGAAUGUGCCGGAGUCGUCGCGCGGGUCGGAGCGAGCACUGCCCCUGCGGGCCUGACAGGCCUCCAGCCGGGCGACCGCGUCUGUGCCGUGGCCUUUGACUGCUUCAAGUCUUAUGCCCGUAGCGACGCUCGCACAGUGAUGAAGAUCCCCGAUUCGCUGUCCUUUGCCGACGCCGCCGCGUUACCUGUUACCUAUACCACCGCCCACUACGCACUCAUGGUCGCAGGACGCCUGCAACGGGGCGAUAGGCUAUUGAUCCAUGCAGCAGCUGGUGGGACAGGACAAUCCGCCAUCCAGAUUGCCCAGUACUACGGCGCCGAGGUCUUUGCUACUGUCGGCUCGCAAAGCAAAAAGAGAUUCCUCAUGGAUGAAUACGGCAUUCCCGAGGACCACAUCUUCUACAGCCGCGACACAUCCUUUGCGCAGGGCGUCAUGCGCGCAACGAGAAACCAGGGAAUGGACAUUAUCUUGAAUUCGCUUGCCGGCGAAGGGCUGCAAUCAAGUUGGGCAUGCAUGGCGAGUUUCGGGCGGUUCGUGGAGAUCGGCAAGCGGGAUAUACACUCGCAUUCCAGGCUCAACAUGUUCCAUUUCGCCAAAAAUGUCUCGUUCACGGCAGUCGAUGUCUUUGGGAUGACCAAGGAGCGACCCGACCUGGUGCGUGCUUCCUUUGCCGCGGCGAUGGAGCUCGUUGCUGCGGGCCAUGUGAGGGCCCCUCGCCCGGUGCAGGUGUAUCCUGUUUCGCAGCUCGAGGCAGCGCUCCGUCACAUGCAAAGUGGGAAGAGUAUGGGCAAAUUGGUCAUUGAAAUGAAUCCCAACGAGAAUGUCCUGACCGUGCUCAGGCCCAAGCCAAGUUAUGCCCUCGACGCUAAUGCUACGUACGUGAUCGCCGGUGGAUUCGGCGGCAUCGCGCGACGCACCGCCAUCUGGUUGGCAGACCGAGGAGCGCGACAUCUCCUCCUUCUGAGCCGAUCCGGCGCAAAAUCUGUGGCCGCUCGCGCUCUUGUUGAGAUGCUCCGCCAGCGUGGCGUCCAGGUGCAUGCCCCUGCUUGCGACAUCGCAUCAGCAGAAGCCCUAGGCGCAGUCCUCGCACACUGCGAGAAGACAAUGCCCCCCAUCAAAGGCUGCAUCCAAGGCGCCAUGGUCCUCAAAGACGCGAUGGUUGACAAGAUGACCCACUCCGAGUGGACACAAGCCCUGCUCCCCAAGGUGACCGGAUCACGGAACCUCGACCGCUUCCUCCCUAGCGGUCUCUCCUUCUUCAUCAUGCUCUCGUCUGUCGUGGGCAUCCACGGAUCCGCGGGGCAGGGCAACUAUGCUGCUGGCGGAACAUACCAGGACGCUCUGGCGCGGGAGCGCAUCGGAUGCGGCGAAUGCGCCGUCGUCCUUGAUCUUGGCUGGAUGGUCGAUGACGGAAUUAUUGCCGAGAGCGAGUUCCUCACGCGGACGUUCAGGGCCGCGGGGCUGAUGAUGCCCAUUGAUUCUAGCGAGUACCUUGCCCUCCUGGACUACUACUGUAAUCCUGCUGUGAGUGACUGCACGGACCCCGCGGCCUGCCAGGUUAUGGUCGGGCUUGAGACUCCGGCGGGUCUUGCAGCCAAGGGAGCCGACAUUCCAGCGCUGUUGCAGCGGUCGACCUUCCGCCUGUUGCACGCGAUCGAGCUGGACGAGGAGAAGGUUGCGACCGAAGCCAGUACCGGGGCAGGUCCCCACACAACAAAGAAUUGGUCCACUGCGUUCAUCGAGGCACGAAGGGCUGAAGAGGCCCGCGCGGUCGUCAUCGAGGGCCUCUCGCAUAAACUAUCGCGAGCACUAUCGAUUCCACCGUCAGACAUCGAUACCCAUCGGCCGCUGCAUUCGUAUGGGGUUGACUCGUUGCUCGCCGUCGAGCUGCGCAGCUGGCUGGCCAAGGAGUUUGGGGCGGAUGUUGCGGUCUUUGAGAUCAUGGGGGCUACGAGCUUCGAGGGGGUGGCUUUGGCGGUGCUUGCGAAGGCGGCGGGUGCGAGGGGGCGCUGGGAGGAGUAA